AUGAAGGAGCUUGCUCUGGAUGAAGGCGAUCUAGAUGAUGUGGUUUUCGACGAUGAAGAUGACCCAGCGGAGGAGGAUCUUCGCUGGAUGAUUGUGGCCCAUGUCCACAUGGACAAAGAGUUUAGCAAAUAUUGGUUCUUCCGUACCAUGCAGGCGGCGUGGGAUUUGGCUAGGGAGGUGAAAAUCAAAACCCUAGAGGACAACUUGUUCAUCAUGAAAUUUGAUUGCCUUGGGGAUUGGGAGACGGUGACGCAAGGGGGCCCGUGGCACUACAAGGGUAAUCCUGUUAUCAUUGCCCCCUAUGAUGGUUUCACCAAGCCCUCCACCAUUGAACUAUUCACUUUCGAUGUUUGGGCUCGGAUCAUUGAUCUCCCACCGGCAUACCAUGGCAAGGUGAAGGCUCUAGCUUCAAAGCUAGGGGAAUAUGUGGAUUCAGAACCUUCAUCUUUUGAUUUCGACAGGAACAUCUAUAGGGUCAGAAUUAAACUUGAUUUGUGCAACCCACUGAAGAAGGCUACCUCUAUCAUCAGUGGAGGGGAGCGCGAGAUCUUUGCUGUGAGGUAUGAAAGGCUCCCGGACUGGUGCCAGGUGUGUGGCAUGAUGGGACACCAAUUCAAGGAACAAGGGGACGGGGUGCAUGCUCCCUCUGCCCUAGUUUACAAGAACUAG